UCCAUUGCCUCGUUUAUACAUUGCAAGUGGUUAAUCUUGUUAUGCUGACUAUGAUAAUUUAUUUUUUAGUAAAAUAAUUUUUUUCAUAAAAAUGGAUCCAAUUCAUGAUCCGAUCAACAGUAAUGGUGAUAACAAUAAUAGCAUUGAUAUGGACAUUUAUUACAAAACAUUAUGUUCAUCCGGAUUAUCAUUUGUAGCAAAACAACCACAACAAAUUGAACAACGAAGACAAAUUUUGAUUGACAAUAAACAAAAAAUUGUCUACAGUAAUUAUGAUUCAUUCCUAAAAUUUUCUAAUUUCACAAAACAAAUUAUUAAUAAUUUUCAGACACUUGAAACAUGUCUUGAUCAACUAAACACAAGUAUUCCUGAAUUUAAAAAUCAAUGUGCAACAUUUUCUGAUAAUACGAAACAAAUUUCAAAUCGUUGGAAUAAUGUUUCACUUAUGCUGUCCAAAUAUCCACAAUUGAUUGAAUUUAUGGAAAUUCCACAAUUAUUGAACAAUUGUAUCCGUACAUUUUAUUAUGAUGAUGCAAUAAUGAUUUGUGAUUUUGUCACUAAACUUUGUUCCAAACAUUCCAAUGAUGCUUCCAUAUUUCGGAAUAUGCUUUAUGAAGUUGAUAAAUGCAAAGAUAUUAUGGUUGCACAAAUGAUUCGUGAAUUGAGUGGUAAUAUUCUAUUGCCUACUUGUAUGAAAAUGAUCAAAUAUCUUCGACAAAUUGAUCGUUUCACCGAAGAUCAAUUGCGUAUAAAUUUUUUAACCUAUAGAGACAUUUGGUUCCAACAAGAAUUGAACAAAGAAAUAGGAAAUCAAAACUAUUCAUUAAAUCAAAUUAAUCGCGUGACAGAAUCUUUUCGAGUUAAUAUUUUCGAUAUUGUUACACAAUAUCAAGCUAUAUUUCCUGAAAUGAAUGAACCAAUUGAUUCGACAUCAUACCGUAACAAUCAGCUUCAUUCUAAAAUAAUCAACAGUUGGUUACUGGUAAAAAUCGAACAAUAUUUGAAUAUUUUACGUAUAAACUUAUUGUCAUGUGUAUCGAUCAAUUCAAUCCUGUACAUUGACACAGUUAUUGAAAAUUGUUUCUAUUUUGGCCUUUCAAUGAACAAAAUUGGUGCCGACAUUCGUCCACAAUUGAUUUUGAUUUUCAAUGAUUUUAUUCAGAAACGAUUCGAACAUUGUGUACAUGAAUCGACCAGACAAUUUUGUGAUUCAUUGGGUGAUAUUUUUGUUGUUGGUAAUGUUUCCUCGGAAGAUGUUCAGAAUGAUUGUGCUAAAUCUAUUGAAAAUUAUCCAAUUCUAAUGAAAUAUCAAUCAAAUCUGUUGGCCAUCUUUCAUGAGAUUCGCAAUAAUGUUCCAAUGGCUUUAAUUUCUACAUUUGUUCAAACGUUGAACGCAUCAUUUGCAACAAUUAUGAUGGAAUUAAAAUCUUAUAUCAAAAAACAUGAAUUCGGAUUGAACAAGGUUGAAUUUCAGAAUUAUCUCAAUUUUUGUCAUCUAUUUCGUCAUCUUUUGCCUCAUUUAAAUCAAUCAUUUCAAAGACUAUGUCCAAUAUCAAUUUUUGGACAAAAACUUGGUCUUACCACAGCCGAAAUGACCAAAAAUGGUCUUGUUCAAUUUUAUGAAUUGGACUUUAAAACACCAAUAGCCGAGAUUAAUAAUUUGAUAAAAGAUGUUUCCAAUAAAUUGAAUACAGUGAUGAAUGUUUAAACUUAAAAUGAUGAUGAUGAUGAUUAUUGUAUAAAUCGUGCGCAUACUCACAUUUAUACACCCAAUAAUGCAGUUGACGUAAACAAAAAAAAAAAUCUGAUACACACACACACAGAAUCUGACACGAAUGUCUGUUGUUGGUUAUUCAUCGGUAAUCAUUCUAUGUAAUAACAUCGUUUUGUUGAUUUUAUUUUUGUUUUCUUUUCAAAAAUCAAAAAUGUUUACCGAAUAUGCUUUGAUUGAUAUUGAAGAUAUUUGUUAUCAAAAAUCUAUCAGUGUUUUAAAUAAAUUGCCUGAAGUGAAUGGA